GUGAUGCUUAAGUCUCUUACCUUGCAGAUGUUUUCCUGGAGCCAUGGGCCAGCUUGCACGAGGUCUGGCUCUGGCUGUGUCCCUUGCGGCAGGUGCGAAGGACUAUAUGGCGAGGGUUGACCCAUCCUUGCGCACCUGGACAAGGAGCAUCAGAAUUGCACAUGACUCGUUCCUAGACCUCGAACUCCACCGGGGCCAGCUGCGGGCCUUCCAGGGCGGCCAGCUCUUUGAGCUACCGUAUGCCGCGGCUCGUGUAGAUCCAGACUGUCCGGUGAACAACGAGAAUCACCUGGAAAGAACUAUUGUGGAGCGGAUGUUGCAGAUGAUCCUGCCGUGGAGCUAUUGCUGGAAAUGCAGUUCCGGGAGAUCCUGCGGUGAGGUCCAGAAGCGGCAGGGCGCUGUGGUGCAGGACAGCGCGCAAAAGAAGGCUGAGCCAGAGGUCUGUGAAGACGACAACAAGAAUAUGGUCUGGCUCCAGGGGGCAUGGCUACACAGUCAAGAUAUGUUUUGGGUGUCAGGUUUGGAAUCAUCUCCCUGGGUGCAAGUCUUUUGCCUCCAUGGGUUACUGCCAACGCUUUGCGCCGCUGGCGAGAAAGUACUGCCGCUUAUCUUGUGCGCUUUGUACGGUCGGCGGUGGCGCUUCCAGUGUGGAGCUGGUUGGGGAGAAGGAGAGCUCGUCUGCGCCAGUCCAGGUGGCUGGCUCUGGCAUGAGCCUCUCCGGAGCGCGCCGUGGAGUUGUGAAGGUGCGAACGCUCAGUCCAGAAGAGUCUUGCCACUCGGCGCACAUUGUGCGACCGUUCACUUGCACUUUUCUCAGCUGCCCUCCUGCUCGAGUGUGCGCAGUCAACGAGCUUGAUCAAGCCGGGGCA